UUAUGGAUAAAGAAAAUGGCGAGCAAAGCAAAUCUUUUUCUUUUAAGUUUUCAAGGACUAAACAAGCCUUACCAGUUUUAAAAUCCGACGAGAAAUUCUGCGAUUUCUCGAAAGAAGAUGAUCCUUCUAUUGAGCUUGUCUAUGCUGCUGAAGGGAGCGCUUUGAAAAGUUCCAAAGAAAAGCAUGACAAGGAGCUGGUAAUUCCAUGUCGAAAAACAACUGAUAGUCUUUUGGAUAAAUUAAAAAUAAACAAUGAAAAUACUCUAGAAAAUCAAGCUGCAAAAGAAAUAAUACAAGAAUUGACUAGUGCAACACAAGAGACUAACACCACUGGAAAUAACUUUUCUAUUCCAUUAACUUCAAACCAAGAUGACAGCGCCGGAAAUGCAGUCAAUUUGGAAGAUGAGAGCACUUUGGAAGACUAUGAUACUGUACCAGUCUCAGAGUUUGGUGCUGCAAUGCUUCGAGGAAUGGGUUGGAAGAAGGGACAAGCUAUUGGUGGAACAAACAAAGGGUUAACUGUACCAAUAGAGUUUAUUCCUCGGUCACAAGGACUUGGACUAGGGGCAGAACGAAUUUCUAAUGAUAAUGAGAAGAAACGGCGUAGAAAACCAGGGGAUAAGGACUCAUCUGAGAAAUUUAGUCCAAUUCUUAAAGAAGAUGGUAAAGUUCAACAUUAUCGUGGUUUAGAUGACAAACCAUCCAAUAGAAAGGUUGCAGCAAAAAAAAUUUCAAAGGGAGCAUACAUUGUCAUUGAAAAUGGUGUCUUUAAAGAAAUGAGUGGCAAGAUUAUCUCAAAUGAUGAUGUUAGUGGAAGAAUUGAUGUCAUUUUGGCUAUAAAUGACAAGAAAGUAACAAUCAAUCAUGGUGAUGUGAGACUGGUAACUAGAGAUGAAUAUCUGCAGUUUUCAAAAGGUAAUUUAGUAAAGUCGAAUAAAAGUUCCAAAAGACUUCCUCAAGAAUUGAAUUCUGAUAAACAGGCGAAAAAACAGAAAACUCAGUCCAGAAAUGAUGACAAUGAAAAAGACAAAAUAAUUUAUAAACGUUCUAGAGAGAAAUGUUGGAUGGUUCCUCUUCUACGGGUUCGUAUUAUUGAUAAGACGUACAAAAAUGGGAGAUAUUACCAUCAAAAGGUUGUUAUAGAAGAUGUUAUCAGUCAAACAAAAUGUAUAUGUAGAACUAGCGAAGGGAAACUACUUGAUGAUGUGUUUCAAAGUAGCCUGGAGACUGUCAUUCCAAAAGUUGAGCCACGGUAUAUUUUGUUUGUUCAAGGACAACUAAAAGGCCAGAUUGGGGAAAUAGUGGAAUUAGAAUCAACCAGACAAAAAGCUGUCGUCCAAAUUUUACUUAGCAAAAAAAUUGUUCGCUCCCAUUAUGAUGAUAUAUGCGAGUACACUGGAGAUGUUAGCCAUGAAUGAAAGUCUACUGUAAUAAAAAUAUCCUUGUCAUAAAGCAACGCCUCACCAUCUAUCUACUCAUGGUUGGUGAAAACAUUCUUUAGACUCACAUCCCACUAAAUAGACUGACUGUCAGUCUCAUAAACAGAAUAUGCAACAUAGAUAUGGUAUUUUUAUCAUUCUCAUACACCCUUAUUAAUCAAUGUAGACCAAAAUUUCCCCCUCGUUUUCCCUGGAGUCCCCUCGCCCUUUCCCCAAUCGUGAGCAAGAACCUGGAAACGAAAGUAAAUCUUUCAAUCUCUUUCAUUAUUGUUACAUGAAGUAUGUCAAUGUAAAUAUAACUUUUGUUCAACAUGUUUGUUGGCUCAAUGCA